CUUUCUGCUUUAAUUUAGUCCGUCCGUCGGCCGGCCGGCUAGCAACCACCACAGAAUAUAGCAACCCACCAUCUCCAUUCCUCCUUCCUUCCUUCUCCCAAACAAGCUUAUAUCAUCUCCCCCAACACGCAGCAAUGGCGACCUUGCAUCUUUCUUCCAGUAGUACUAGCUAGCAACAUCACCAUUGCAAGUUAACACACUAGUCCCAAGGGCGCCUCGGCCGGAGCAGAGGAAGAAAGGAAUUAAUUAAGCACGUUCUGUAUAUGGAUUGCUGCAUCUGCGGGCCCAUGGCGGCCAUCUACAGGCCGCCGAGGAACACCAUCUGCGCCCCGUGCUACGAGGGCGCCAAGGCCAUCGUCGCCUCCCUCGACGACGCCGACGACGACAACGAGCAGCUCGCCGCCGGUGCCCAUGCUGGCGUGGUGUUCAAGCCGGCCCGUGGGCCGUUGAUCAACCGUAACAACAACGGCUCGACCAAGGGGAUGAGAGAGGUAUGGGAGCAUGUGAAGGACAUGCGGAGCAUGGGAGAGGAAGCCAACGAGCGGGCCAGGUUCCUGUCGCUGGGCUUCGGGCCGAACGCGGCCCACACAGACAUCGUGCUGAGGCCCGGUAGUGGGCCGCCAAUCCCAGCCCACAAGGCCAUCCUGGCGGCAAGGUCGGAGGUGUUCCGGCACAUGUUGUGCGACGAAGAGCGUGUGAAGGCAGGCCCCGGCGCGGGCGGCUGCGUGACGCUACCGGAGCUGGCCCAUGAUGAGUUGGAGCUCCUCUUGGGCUUCCUCUACACCGGCACCCUCGAUCUGGACUCGACGGAGACAGAGACAGGCGAGAGGAGGCUGCGGGCGCUAUUGGUGGCAGCGGACAAGUACGACGUGCCGUUGCUGGCGCGAGUGUGCGAGGCGCGGCUGGCGGUGGAGGUGGGGCUAGCGAACGCGCUGAGGACAUUGGAGGUGGCCGACCGGGUCGGCGGUGGCGGAGGGGGGAAGCUGAAGGAGCGGGCCAUGGCGGUUGUGGUGGAGCACGCGGGGACAGUGGUGUUCUCAGAGGAGUACGAGGCGUUCGCUGCCCGGAAUACCGUUCUGGCAGUCGAGGUCACCAGGGCGCUGCUACUCGCCGCCGACAAUGCCGGCGCCAAGGCCUAGCGGUAGUUCACACACACGGAGAGAUAUUUUCUAUACAUAGUUAAUUCAUUGUUUUACUUUACAGGUUUACAUGUGUACAUGUAAUGUCGUAUGAAAUGCAAUAUGAAAAUGGAAUGCAUAAUAUAUUCAGGUUCCUUUUUGUUUUCUA